CUCGUGUGGUGGCGUGGUGGCGUGCUUAGUGCAUUGCAGUCGUGCGCGGAGUGUAGUAGUUUUUCGGGGAAGAGUUAGGAGUCGCUACACAAGGCAGCUGAGUUGGGUAAGGGGACCGCCUGGCCUACCGCACUCUUUAUCCCUGCCCAGCCGCCAUCUUGCCGAGAGACGCACGGGCUCUAAAUUUAGUCACGUGGUGCAGGGGAGACGCGCCGAUGCCCGGCUGCACGCGGCAGUGAGCGCCGGAGGGGAUGGACGGCCCCGACAAGCAGGAGAGGCCUCCCAACCCCCGGGCGGCGGCCAACUGCCUCUCCGCGCUGCUGUUCUGCUGGACACAGCCGAUCUUCUGGAAGGGCUUCAAGCGAGACCUCACGGAAGAUGACUUGUACGCUCCACUCAGAUCCCACAAAUCAGAUCUGCUGGGCGACAAGCUUGAGCAGCUGUGGACCCGCGAGCUGCAGAGGUCCAAGAAGCUGCGUCGGGAGCCCAGCCUGGUGCGGGUGUUGCUGCGGUGCUUCUGGCUGGAACUCUGUCUGCUGGGGACGCUGCUCUUCAGCGUCGAGGUGUUCGUCAGACCCAACCAGCCGCUGUUUCUGGGCCGGCUAGUGAGGCACUUCAUGCAACGAACUUCUCCGCCACAGCAAAUGUCCCAGCCUCUGGCCCUGGGGCGCUUGCUACGCUACUUCGGCCCGGAGAACGUUGGAGGCGUGAUCUCGAAGGAGGAGGCGUACGGGUGUGCGAUGGGCGUGGUAGCCUGCUCGCUCAUCAACAUACUGGCGAUGCACCCGUUCAUGCUCGCCAUCUUCCACGUGGGCAUGAAGAUACGCGUGGCUGCGUGCUCUCUCCUCUACAGGAAGUCUCUGCGGCUGAGCAAGACGGCGCUGCGGCAGACGACGCCAGGCCAGGCGGUGAACCUGCUGUCCAACGACGUGUCCCGCUACGACCAGGCGGUGAUCUUCCUGCACUACCUGUGGGUGGGGCCGGUGCAGACGGUCGUCGCGACCUACUUCAUGUGGCGCGAGGUGGGCUUCUGCGCCCUGCUCGGCGUGAUCGUUCUGCUGCUCUUCAUCCCCCUGCAAGCGUACCUGGGCAAGAAGACAUCGGAGCUGCGUAUGAAGACUGCCAUCAGGACAGACGAGAGGGUGCGGCUGAUGAACGAGAUCAUCUCUGGCAUCCAGGUCAUCAAGAUGUACACGUGGGAGAAGCCGUUCGCCAAGCUUGUUGAGAAAGCCAGGAAGAACGAGAUAAAGAACGUGAGACUCACGUCUUACAUCCGUGGCACCAUGCUCUCCUUCAUACUCAUCAUAACCCGCAUGUCUAUCUUCAUCAGCGUCAUGUCCUAUGUGCUCCUCGGGAACAACAUCACGGCGGAGAAGGUGUUCGUGCUGGCCUCGUACUACAGCAUCCUGCGGCAGACGAUGACGGUGUACUUCCCGCUGGGCAUCGCCCAGGUCGCCGAGGCCAGGGUCUCCACGCUCAGGCUACAGAGGUACCUGCUUCACGACGAGACGCAGGUGCCCGGGCCCACGCCGGCCGACGCCGCCAGCAACGGGCUGAAGGACGGGCUGGAGCUGCGGAUCAAGGAGUCGCCGGGCGAGAACAACGGGGGGGCCAUCAGGUUCAUGGACGACGCGGACGAGGCACCUCCCGCGGGGCCCCGGCUGGUGCUGGAAGAUGCACAGGCCUGGUGGGUGCCGGAGCAGGCGGCGCCCACGCUGUCGGGCGUCAGUCUCCGCGUGUGGCCGCGGCAGUGCGUGGCGGUCAUCGGCAGCGUGGGCUCCGGCAAGACGUCGCUGCUGCACCUGAUGCUGCGGGAGCUGCCGCUGACGAGGGGGACCCUGCGCGUCAACGGCAAGGUGUCGUUCGCGUCUGGGGAGCCGUGGCUGUUCGCCGGCUCUGUGCGGCAGAACAUCCUGUUCGGACGGCCGUACGAGCGCCAACGCUACCGGGAGGUGGUGCGAGUGUGCGCCCUGAGCCACGACUUCCAGCUGCUGCCGCACGGGGACAAGACCAUCAUGGGCGAGCGGGGAGCGUCGCUGAGCGGCGGUCAGCGGGCCCGCAUCAACCUGGCCAGGGCAGUGUACAUGGACGCGGACAUCUACCUGCUGGACGACCCUCUGUCGGCGGUGGACACCCACGUGGGCAACCACCUGUUCGACGACUGCAUCCGGGGCUUCUUGCGGGACAAGGCGGUGGUGCUCAUCACGCACCAGCUGCAGUACCUGCGGGGCGCCGACCACAUCGUCAUCCUGCAGGAGGGCAGGCUCGCAGGGCAAGGCACGUACGAGGAGCUGGUGAAGGUGGGGCUGGACUUUGCCAACCUGAUGGGCGACCACGGCAGCAAGGAGGACCCGCUGGAUGACCCGGAGACUGUGACGCCUCACCCGGCAGGCCAGCUGACCCGCCAGAUCUCCUACAUCAGCAUCACCUCGCUGGACGAGCUGGCCGGGCCGGUGCCCGUGGCGGAGGAGGUGAGCGUGGGCAAGGUGGGCGGCCACGUGUACGCGGGCUACUUCAGGGCCGCGGGCUCGUGGCUCAUCAUUCUCCUGAUGCUGCUCAUGGUGGUGCUGGCCCAGAGCCUGGCCAGCUCCGGCGACUACUGGCUCUCCUUCUGGACUAACUUGGAGGAGAAGCGUAGCAAGCAGGUGGCAGCGGCCGCCCUUACCAACACGACGGAGGCUGUCCAUACCAACGCGUCAGAGGCGCAAGACGGCAGUGAGGGGCUGAUGAGCUCGGAGAUGUGCAUCUACAUCUAUGCUGCGAUCACAGCUCUGACCGUCGUCAUUGCUCUCAGCCGGUCGUUCCUCUUCUUCACUCUCUGCAUGCGCGCGUCUGUGCGCUUGCACAACGCCAUGUUCGUUUCCAUCACCCAUGCGACCAUGUGGUUCUUCAACAACAAUCCAUCAGGUCGUAUCUUGAACAGAUUUUCGAAGGACAUUGGAGCUAUUGACGACUUAUUGCCUCAAGUCAUGAUCGAUGUAUUGCAGAUUGGAAUGGGGCUCAUCGCGAUCACGACCGUCGUAGCGAUCGUCAACUAUUGGAUGCUCAUACCUACUUGUGUUAUGUUCCUGGUGUUCUUCCUCUUGCGGGUUUACUACGUCGCCACCUCCAGGAACAUCAAGAGGCUCGAGAGCACAACCCGCAGCCCUGUGUUCACGCACUUCAAUGCGUCGCUGCAGGGUCUGACGACCAUCAGAGCUUUUCAAGCCCAGGCCAUCCUCAAGAAGGAGUUUGACCGCCACCAGGACCUUCACUCGUCGGCGUACUACCUGUUCAUCGCGACCAGCAGGGCGUUUGGCUUGUGGUUGGAUGGGGUGUGCACUCUGUACAUCUGCGUGGUCACACUCAGCUUCCUCGUCAUGGGUCAAGAGGAGUACGGCGGCAACGUGGGCCUGGCCAUCACGCAGUCCAUCGCGCUGACGGGCAUGUUCCAGUGGGGCAUGCGGCAGUCCGCCGAGAUGGAGAACCAGAUGACGUCGGUGGAGAGGGUGCUGGAGUACACCAAUGUGGAGAGGGAGCCCGCGCUGGAGUCUGACCCAGACAAGCGUCCCGAUCCGGCCUGGCCCCAGCAGGGAGAGAUAAAGUUUGAUCACCUGUACCUACGGUACGAUCCACACGAAGAGCCAGUUCUCAAGAACUUGAAUCUUACAGUCAAAGCUCGGGAGAAAGUGGGCAUAGUGGGGCGCACUGGAGCCGGCAAGUCGUCGCUCAUCGCCGCGCUCUUCAGGCUUGCCAUCCAGGAGGGCAGGAUCUGGAUCGACGGCGUGGACGUGAUGUCCAUCGGCCUGCACGACCUGCGUGACCGCAUCGCCAUCAUCCCCCAGGAGCCGAUGCUGUUCUCGGGGACGAUGCGAGACAACCUGGACCCCUUCUCGGAGCACUCGGACGAGGUGCUGUGGCAGGCACUGCGCCAGGUGAAGCUGCAGGAGGCGGUGCGCGCCAUGCCGGGCGGCCUGGCGGGGCACAUCACGGAGGGCGGACGCAACAUGAGCGCCGGCCAGCGCCAGCUGGUGUGCCUGGCGCGGGCCAUCGUGCGUCGCAGCCGCAUCCUCGUGCUGGACGAGGCCACGGCCAACGUGGACCCCCAGACGGAUGCGCUGAUCCAGACGACCAUCAGGAGUAAAUUCGCGGAGCGCACCGUGCUGACGAUCGCUCACCGGCUGGCGACGGUCAUGGACAGCGACAGAGUGCUGGUCAUGGACGCAGGGAUCGUGGUGGAGUUCGACCACCCGUACGUGCUGCUGCAGGACUCGGAGAGCCUCCUGUCGCAGCUGGUGGCGCACACCGGGCCCAGCAUGCAGGCCAUGCUUCGCCAGAUGGCGGCCCAGAGCUUCAAGAGGAAAGAAUCCUUGGCCGCCAAGAGGAACUGACCAAUAGGAGCAGCCGAGAGUGCCAGUUGCCGUCGACACUCCCCGAGUCGAGGGAUUGCGUCCAGCGUGGCGACAGGGCUGUGCCGGGCGGACCAACAGCCGAGCACGUGUGCGGAACGGCAGACCUGCGUCGCUGCUUUACGGAUAAAACUUGUGGGUGUUCUUAAAUGUCCCUACCAGGAAGCAGUUAUCCAGAAAAGCAAAGCCUUGGUUUUUGAUCCAUAUUUGUACUUAAGUGGUUUUACAUAUAUAUCUUCUUAUUAAAAUGCAUUAUGUUUGAUAAAA